AUGGCUGCCACACUGAGGAAAGUUCGACGUUGGCUUGAAAUAAAGAGAAAAUUAUUUGUACCAAAUACCACAGCGAUUUCGGAAGAGUCGUCUCGGAUCGGCCGCUUCUUAAAGACCCUUGAUAACGCCUUGGACGACGUUAUCUACGUUCUGGACGAUAAGAGACGUCGAGGAUUCCCCAUCGAGAAGGAGGCGCAACGGAAUAAACUAGGAAAACCAGCAGCAGCAGCACCAACAGGGACGGAAAUAAUGCUUGAUUUGGACGAGGAAGGGUCGACAAUACCAGAACCUCCAGUGACACCAAGGCCGCUAAGUCCACCACCACCGCCCGUCACUCCGCCAAGGUCAGCCUCAGACCAAUUUGCAAACCGGAAAAAAUCCAGCCCGAAUCCGAGACAAAUUAACGCCUCCAAAUCCACCUGUGGAAGAAAGAUGAAUCCUAAAACCAACCGGUGCCACAUUUGUCAAAAAGCGUUCCCCUCCCCGACAACCCUGACCCAGCACCUUAAUUUCACUCAUCUCAACCGAGAAGAGAAGACCGUGGCGAAGCAGAGUUCGAGAAUCGAGUGCUACUUUUGCGAGAAGAGAUUCUCCACGGAAUCUUGCUACUAUUACCACCUUGUCACCCACACGAAGGAAAAAGCAUUUCGGUGCGACCAGUGUGAAAAACUAUUCGCUCAUAAGAAUAGCUUAACACUGCACCAGCGCCGCCACAGCGACAACCCGACUCCCUUCAAGUGUGCGGAAUGUGAAAAAACUUUUGCCCUAAAAGCGACUCUGCUCAUCCACAUACAAGCAAUUCACGACAAGCUGCAGGACGUCGUCAAAUGCCCCAGUGCCCCAAGAAGUUCGGCAGCAAAGGGGGCUUGA